AUGGGCUGUCGACUUUUUUGCCUCACUCUCUGGGCUGCGGCCCUGCGGUCUUCUGGUCUUCCGGAACCGCUGCAUCCGGUGGACACUGCGGCACCUGCGGUGUCCAUGUUUCAGGUCCGGGCAAACGCGGUAGAAGCGAAAACAAGGCGGGCUCCCAAAACAGAAGGGCAGAGACCAUGGGAACUGUACAGGUAUUUCACCUGCGGCCAUCAUAAGGCGGGGGUAGACCUCGCGAGGUCGCUCAUGAUCCAGGUUUUCAAAGCGCUCGACCUCAACAUGACAAAAGACUUUGGCACUUGGAACUUUCUAUGUGAUGGUAGUUCCGAGGAUUUGUUUUGUUACAACAGAGACGCACCAGUGCGAUUCGAAUCGGACACCUGCUCCCUUGAAAGUGUGCAGAAAGAACACGCAGCGUAUCCCGAGCAGCUCAUGCGAGUUGCGAACAGCGUGCGUGACCCCUUGGACAUGGUAGCAUCGGCUUACUGCUAUCAUCACAGAGGCAUGGAGUGGAUCUAUCCCGAAUGGGGGGGGUUGGAGGUCAUGAAAAUGGGUCUGCAUGAAGGCGUGCCCUUCAUGGCGCAGAAAAUGUUGGAUGUCGUUGCCAACAUGACUAGCUUCCAUGAAAAUCCCCAGGUAAAAGUGCAUGCCUUGCCAUUCGAGAUCAUCAGCGCCACGUCUGCAGGGUUCGAUGCAGAGGUUGAGAAGCUCAUCGACUUCUGGUUCCACGGGCUCAUCACGGAGGUGGAGCGCAAGAAGGCCAUCGAACUGGCCAGGAUGUCUGACUUGCAUCGCUACCCCAAGCAGGAUUCUGGCCACACCAAUGACGCCGAGUGCAUGAUGGCUGCAAGGGCGGCAACACAGUUUAUCGAGCCGCAGUUGCUCGGGCAAUAUCAAGCCUUCCAGCGCAAGUUGGGCUACAAAGUCAGUUAG